AUGACUACGCCAGACUAUAGCAGCCACUUCUCGCGCAGGAACAUCCCGUUCGGAAUCGCCUCCUCCGCGGCACACAAGGUCCCGCAGGCCGUGACCAGGGUGGAAAAUGCCGUCGUCUUCCUCCACGACCUAGCCAGCGCGGGCCUCUUUGCGACGGUGGCGGAUCUACCCGAGGGCGUCUUCGCCGAUACGUCCCUGAAUCAAUUCGCCGCGCAGCCGAGAUCGACCGUCCACGCCGUGCGCCAGAUUCUCGGCGACGCAGAUCUGGGCAGCUUUCCUGCCGGGAGCGUCGAGGAUGUGGGCCAGGUGACGAUGCAUCUCCCCGUGCAGGUGGGCGAUUUCAUAGGUAGAGCGAGCUCAGUGGUAGUUUCGGGCACUGAUAUCGAGCGGCCCAUCGGCCAGUACCGCGACAAGAGCAAGGAUGGUGCGAUUGUGGACGGAGCCUCUAAGGCCGUGGACUACGAAAUGGAAUUUGCUGCCAUUGUGGGUAAGCCCUUGGCGAUGAACCAGAGGGUCCUUGCGACCGAUGCGGAUGAGCACAUUUUCGGUUUCGUCAUCCUCAAUGACUGGAGCGAAUUUCGGCACCAGCAUAUCCCCUGGGUCGUCACCCUCGACGCCCUCGAGCCCUUCAAGGUGCCCGGCCCCGACAGGGUGCAACCCGUCGUCAAGUACCUCGCCGACCCGGAGAACGCCACCUAUGCCGUGGCCAUGCAGGUCGAGAUCCUGUCCGACGCGUCCACCACGGUGAUUGGCCGGUCCAACGUCAAGGCCAUGUACUGGACCGCGAGGCAGAUGGCGGCCCACACCGCCAGCGCGGGAGCUGCGCUGCGGCCCGGCGACAUCCUGGCCACGGGCACGGUCAGCGGAGAGGGCAAGGGAGCCCACGGGUGCUUGCUCGAGGCGACGGAGGGUGGAAAGGUGCCUGUUUCUCUAGACGAUGGUAGCACGAGAGCGUUUUUGCAAGACGGGGAUGUGGUGAGGAUGACGGCGAUUGCCGGAGAUCCGGCCUCUGGUGUAGGGUUUGGAGAGUGCGUCGGCAAGCUGCUUCCAGCCCGACCUAUCUAG